AUGGCAGAGAUGGAAAAAGAGGGCAGACCUCCGGAAAAUAAAAGGAGCCGAAAACCAGCUCACCCAGUGAAAAGGGAAAUAAAUGAAGAGAUGAAGAGUUUUGCAGAGAACACAAUGAACGAGCUGCUGGGCUGGUACGGCUACGACAAGGUGGAGCUGAGAGACUCAGACAACCUGGAGAUAGGGGAGACGCCACAGCACAUCUCUGUUCUCAAAGAAAACUUGUUGCCAAAAAUCCCAGCUUCAACAGAGAGCAGUGAAGGCCCUACGGAUCGAGCCAACAGCUCCCACUCUUUGCCAGCCUCCAGGAACGGAGUCACAGAGCCCUCCACCACACCGUCCACCUCCACGCCCAGCAGCAAGGAACAUGGCAACCUUCCCAUCAUUGUCCCCAUGAUCCCCCCGCCACUGAUCAAGCCCCCUGCAGUGUCAAUAUUACCCCUCCUCCCUCUCCCCACCUCUGAGGAUACGUCCGCGUUCCUCGGCCAGACAGAGGGCUUCAUUAUCCCUUGCGUCUGCUGUGGCCAGGAGGUUGGUACGCCCCAGCGGACGGAGCGAGCCGCCUUGGCAUCGCCCAAGAGGAGUCCCCACUGGCCCUGCCUAGGCGGGGAAACAGAUGAUGAAGAUGCAUCUAAUGUGCAGAUCAUGUGUGCCUGGUGCCAGAAGGUUGGCGUUAAACGCUAUUCUCUAAGCAUGGGGAGCGAGCUGAAGAGUUUCUGCAGUGAGAAGUGCUUCGCUGCCUGCCGCAGAGCCUAUUUUAAGAGAAACAAGCUGGGAUAUAUAAGGAGUUACGCUGCAAGAGACGACGAUGGCCUCGGUGGGAAAUUACCCCAGCACAGCUUUACUCAGGACACGCCCAGGCUUGUCUUCAAGACAAACAGCGAUGUGCUUGUGUGUGACUGGUGCAAACAUAUUCGCCACACGAAGGAGUACCUGGACUUCGGUGCUGGUGAGCGGAGGCUGCAGUUCUGCAGUGCCAAAUGCCUGAAUCAAUAUAAGAUGGACAUUUUUUAUAAGGAGACCCAGGCAGCACUGCCUGGAGCACUGUGUAAUCCAGGGCAUGGGCCAGGUGGGGAGGGUAAGGCAGAGUGCAGUGGAGGGGUACAGCUGCUCACUCCUGAAUCCUGGGGAACGCCAUUAACGGACCUCCGGCGUAAAGCUCCCUCACCAGGAGGUCCCUCUUCCACCUGUGCUCUGGCCCCAUGCACUUCCUCUGCCACCUCGCCCUCAGACGCUGCUGUCUGUUCCCCAUCCUCCUCCUCCUCAGCCAAGAUCCCCACACCGAGACCUCAUGAGAGCCCCACACUUCCCCCACCACAUGUUCCCACUUUGCACCCACCUGUUGGGGUGCCCCCUGGCAGUCCUCCAAUGGUGAUGACACCACGGGGGCCCAUGCCCCUGCCUCUGUUCAUGGAGCAUCAGAUGAUGCAGCAGAUCCGUCCACCUUUUCUUCGUCCCUCUGGCCACCCAGGUGGACCCAACAGCCCUCUAUCAAACCCUAUGAUCCCUGGUAUUGGUCCACCACCACCCAGGACCCUUGGUCCUGCAUCCAGUCCCAUGCACAGACCCAUGCUGUCUCCGCAUGUCCAUCCAUCAUCAAAUCCCAACCCUGGCAUGAUGCCCCCCCACCCUGGUCUCAUGCCAGGAAUGCCCCCUUUUCCCCCAGUGAACAUGAUGCACAACGGAGCCAUCCCUCUGCCCCCAAUGAUGAACUUUGGCAUGCCAUCCUUGGCCCCAUUGGUACCCCCACCGACUCUUUUGGUCCCUUACCCUGUGAUUGUACCCCUUCCAGUCCCAAUCCCCAUUCCAAUCCCAAUCCCCUUCAGCCCCAAAUCUUCCAGGGACCAGCCUGAGAACAGUGGCCCCGUCCGCAGUGCUCCUGAGUGUUCAGAAGCUUCAGCUUCUGGGCCCCACUCUCCAGGUUCCUCUGGAGGAGACAGAGGGGACCAGAAAGUAGAGCCAGCUGGUGCAGAACUUUUUUCUCCCGGACGCUCAGAGAGAAGAAGGACAGGAGUGGUUGACUUGACUGUGAAGGCAGAGGACAGUUUGGGAAACCUGUGUCAAACUAGUGGCCCCAGACAGAUGGACGGGGUGAUUGAUCUAACUGUAGGCCAGAGGUCAUGCCAACAGCAGGUCAUUCAGAGGAUGCUGCCUGGGGUCCAGGUCAAAGUAGAGGCAGAGGUUGAAUCAAGAUCUCCACCAGCUUUUGGGCUGGGGAGGGAGGGGAUGGCCAGUCAUGAUGGAGGGGAAGUUGCUCUCUCACAGGGUCUCCUUGGUGCUACAGAGCUGGAAGGGGCCACACACUCAGACACACUGGAAGCACCUGGCCCACUGUCUUGCAACAACAGCCCUUCUUGCAAUGCUGAUCCUCCGAUAAGCCAGCUAAAUCCCUGUAUCUCCAGCCUUACGCCACCACCUGUACCCAGCACAGCACGGACCCAGUCCCAACCUCUGCCCCAGCUCCAAUCUAGCCCUGCUGCCCCAUGUAAUGUCAUAGUCAAUGGUACAGGAUGGCAUUCGCUUCAUACUCCUGCCUUCGAGUCUUGCCCUGAACGAAGAGGAGAUGCGGUCACAGCAGAAGGAGAGGCAAAGGAGCAGCCAGCCAACGGUGAGCUGGAACGGGAAGCGCUGAAAGAAAACAAUUGCUCAGUAGGAGAAUGGGAGUCGGGGAAGCGGGGCUCAGCACAAGACGAGAUGGUGGAUGCAGUGGAGGGUAAGCCAGACCUUGACUCCAAUUUGGAGGAGGGUGAACAUGCCUACGCCCUGCCACUGCUGUCUACUGGUGGUUGUGUGGUCAUCCAGCCUGUGCCAAAGCCUGGCGCUGACAAAACAGCCAUCCUGUCCUGCUCCAUCAGUGCACCAUUAUCAGCCGCUGGGAGCCCAGAGCUGGAGCCACCACUGAAGAGGAGGUGUCUGCGAAUCCGCAAUCAAAACAAAUGA